AUGCAAGAAGAUGUGGAUGUCCCUCUCAUCCUAGGGAGACCUUUCCUGGCUAUCGGGAAGGCAAUGAUUAAUGUCCAACAAGGACAACGUAGCCUUAGGAUACAAGAUGAGGAGAUAAUUUUUAAAAUGUCUGAUGCCAUGAAAAAUGCACCCUCUAGUGAUGACUUUUGUUACCUAAUUGAUGCUAUUGGUGAUGCAGUUAAUGCUUGCUUCCAGGAAGGCAUAGUGCUUGGACAUAAGAUUUCACAGAAAGGUAUAGAAGUUGACAAAGCUAAGGUGGAGGCAAUUGAGAAGUUGCCACCCCCAUCAUCUGUCGGUUCUGUAAGAAGCUUCUUGGGGCAUGUUGGAUUCUAUAGAAAAUUUAUUAAGGACUUUUCAAAGAUAGCCAAGCCAUUGUCUACUUUGCUUCAGAAAGAAGUGGCUUUUGAAUUUUCAUUAGAAUGCCUACAGGCAUUCAACACUUUGAAAGACAAGUUGAUUAAUGCACCCAUCAUGAUAGCGCCAGAUUGGACACUUCCAUUUGAACUAAUGUGUGAUGCGAGUGACUCAGCCGUAGGAGCUGUUUUAGGAUAA